AUGGCAAAGCUGUGGCUAUGUGGGAUGCUGAUCGGCCCUGCUGCAGCCCUUUGGUUGACGGUGCCUGAACCUCUGAUUUCCAUCUCGGAAGGUAAUACAGCCUUGCUCUCUGCCUCGUUGACUUUCCUGGCUUCGGUGCCGGGCUACUUCCAGGUGCGAUGGCGUUUUGUCACGGGCCAUCAGGUGGUGCUGAUUCUCAUGGCGGAUAACUGCUUGGCAGGGAAUGGUACCCGGUCCUGGAAGGACUAUUGCAAAUUCAGCAUUAGGAAAACAGACAAAUACAGACACCGUGCAGAAUUCUCCUCUGAGGAUGCUUCUCUGUUACUCAAGGAUGCGAGAGCUGAGGAUUCUGGGAUUUACUGCAUCACCUUGCUGGCAUUGGACGUGAUGCUGUCGGCUAACAUCAGCCUAACAGUGACCAAGGCAGAAGCAAACAAUACCAAAUACAAGGGCGUACGAUUUCUAGAAGAGGAGAGAAGUGGAAUGCAUAUCAGCAAAAGUACAGGAGCGACAGGGAUGAACACGUCAACCGAUCAGGCUGAGAGUUCGUCUAACAGGCCAGUUCUGGCAUCUCCCCCAAUGAACGUGGGUGCUUCUGUCUCUUUCACAAAGGCAGCAAGUGACAGUGACUCUACGGUCUCCAACAUCAUUCAUUUGAGCUUAGCGGCCUUGAUUGUCUGUCUCCUUGGCCUGAUCAUAGCAGAGCAUGUUUCCUUCACGUCCUUCAGCGAGAGACACUCAGCAACCAGGGAUGGAAGUGGAGCCAAACUGUAUCGAGAGGGGAUGGAGUGCCCCUUUCCUUCUACGCCAGGCAACAUCUCCCUGCUUCUGGAGAUGCCAAGUUCAGAUAAUCUGAGAGAGCCAUAUUAUUCCAUUGUUCACUGAUCACCUUCAGUCCUUCUCUACAGUAUGAGAUUUCUGUUGCCUUUUCAUCGACUGAAGCGCUUAUGUGAUUAUAGGUGGGUUUAUAUAUGAGAGGCUAAGGCUGCGAUCCUAUACUCAGGUGAGCAAGUGCUACUGAACUUAGUGGGGCUUCCUACCAUUGAAGGAAAGAGCCAUCUUCUUAUGCAUUCAUAGGCAAUCCAAAAUUCCUAACACAGGAGUGGCUGGGGGCGGUGUUGCUUGCAAUGGAGCAAGAUGC